AUGGCUGCCCUCCUCGCGCUCGUUCUCCUGCUGCUUUCCGGGGGCGCCGCCGGCGACGACGUGGCGGCGCUGCUCGAGUUCAAGAAGGGCAUCGCCGACCGCGACCGGGACCGGGACCGGGUGCUGGGGUCCUGGUCCCUGCCGGCAACGACCGAGUCCGGCAGCGGCGGCGGCGGCUGCCCCGCCUCGUGGCGCGGCGUCGUGUGCGACGGCGACGCGGUGGUCGGCGUCGCGCUCGACGGCCUCGGCCUCGCCGGGGAGCUCAAGCUGGGGACCCUCUCCGGCAUGCGCGCGCUCCAGAACCUCUCCCUCGCCGGGAACGCCUUCUCUGGCCGCCUGCCCCCCGGCAUCGGCUCCCUCUCGUCGCUGCGCCACCUCGACCUCUCCGGGAACCGCUUCUACGGGCCCAUCCCGGGCCGCCUCGCCAACCUCUCCAGCCUCGUCCACCUCAACCUCUCCCACAACAACUUCACCUCCGGCUUCCCAACCGACGGGAUCCAGCAGCUGCAGAACCUGCGCCGCAUCGACGUCCGCAACAACAACUUCUGGGGCAAUGCCACCGAUCUGCUCGCCAAGCUCCGCAAUGCCGAGCACAUCGAUCUCAGCGACAACCUCUUCACCGGGACCAUCGAUUUGGACAUCGAAAGCCUCGCCAGCAUUGGGAACACGGUCAAGUAUCUCAACCUCAGCCACAACAAGCUGGACGGCGGCUUCUUCCGGAAUGAGACGGUGGGGGCCUUCAAGAACUUGGCGGUCCUUGAUUUGAGCAACAACGGGCUUGCUGGGACAGUGCCGAGGCUCGAUGCGUGGUUCUCACUGGAGAUUUUCAGUGUUGCCGGGAAUGGGCUAUUUGGGAUGAUGCCUGAGACACUCCUCCAGAAUUCCAUGCGGCUUGUCGAGGUUGAUCUCAGCAGGAACGGCUUCUCAGGGUCAGUGCCAAUUGUGAAUUCUACGACUUUGAAGGUGUUGAAUCUCUCUUCCAAUGUUCUAUCAGGAUCAUUACCAGCCACCAUGGGCAAAUGUACCUCAGUUGAUCUGAGCGGGAACCUGUUUUCUGGGGAAUUAGCUAUAUUGCGUUCCUGGGAUGGGAUUGUUGAGGUCAUUGACUUGAGCUCAAACAAACUGGUGGGAAGCUACCCAAAUGAUGCCUCCCAGUUUCAGAACUUAGUGUCCCUGAAACUACGGAACAAUUCAUUGUCAGGAUCUCUCCCUUCAGUGUUGGGUACCUAUCAGAAGUUAUCUGUCCUUGAUCUGAGUCAGAACACACUUGAGGGAUCUGUGUUGCCUACUUUCUUCAUGUCACCAACUUUGACUGUGUUGAAUCUUUCUGGAAAUAAAUUUUCUGGAACUAUUCCAUUUCAGAGCACCCAUUCAACGGAAUCAAUACUUCUUUCAUCCCAACCGGCUCUCAGGAUUGUUGAUCUGUCCAGCAAUUCUUUGACUGGACCAUUGCCACCAGAUAUCUCUAACCUGCAAAAACUUGAGUUCCUUAUUCUUAUGAUGAAUGAAUUGUCUGGGGAGAUUCCCAGUGAGAUAAGCAAGCUUCAAGCACUGGAGUAUCUGGACUUAUCACACAACCACCUCACAGGCAGAAUUCCGGAUAUGCCUCAAAAUGGCCUGAAGGUGUUCAACGUAUCUUACAAUAAUCUACAAGGAACUGUUCCUAGAAGUGUUGAAAAGUUUCCUUUAUCUUGCUUCCGACCUGGAAAUGACAUGUUAGUUUUCCCAGAUGGCCUUCCUGCUUCUGGAAAUGAUGAUUACACCGGAGUUGGUCAGAGCCAAACAUCUCAUGGACAUAAGGCUGGUGUUCGAGUUGCUCUUAUUAUUGGCUGCAUUGGAGCUGUCUUGCUAGUUAUCUUCAUAGCCCUAGCAUUCUAUGUGGUCAGAUCUCAAGAGCUUUGCGGAAGUAAUGGAUUUAGAAGUCAGAUUACUAUCAGGGAUCUAAAGGGGAGAAUAAGCCGUCCAAAUCUGUUCAAGUCCCCCAAAGAUAAUGUUAUACCAAGUAAAACAAGUUUCUCAAAUGAUCAUCUCUUAACGGCCGCAGCUAGAUCGAUGUCUGCCCAGAAAGAGUUAUUGGCUGAAGCCUCUGUUGAAUAUGGCUACACUGAUCCAAAGGAAGUUGCUGAGUCCACAAGUUUAGGUGUGACUGAGACUUCUUCUGCAAUCCAGGCUCAUGAGUCUUCUCCACGGUCUGCAUUGCCAACAUCACCACAUUUUGCUGACUCUAGAUUCCUUGAGGAACCUGUAGCUUUUGAAGUGUACUCUCCAGACCGGCUGGUUGGAGAAUUGAUUUUCAUGGACAGCACUUUGGUUUUCACAGCUGAGGAUCUGUCACGUGCACCAGCGGAAGUUCUUGGAAGGAGCAGCCAUGGAACAACGUAUAAAGCUGCUCUACAAAGUGGGCAUGUCCUGACAGUGAAAUGGCUGCGUGUUGGUCUUGUGAAGCAUAAAAAGGAAUUCACAAAGGAGAUAAACAGGAUUGGCACUAUCAGGCAUCCAAAUAUAGUUUCAUGGAGAGCAUUCUAUUGGGGCCCUAAGGAGCAAGAGAGAUUAAUUAUUUCUGACUACGUCAAUGGUGAUAGCUUGGCACUUUACCUUUAUGAGUCAACUCCAAGAAGAUACUGCCGCCUGUCAGUUUCUCAACGUCUCAGAAUUGCCAUCGACCUAGCUCGCUGCCUCCAGUUCCUACACCAUGAGAAGGGCUUCCCUCACGGCAACUUGAAGCCAACUAAUAUAUUCUUGACUGGUCCUGAUCUCUCUCCAAAGCUGGUGGAUUAUGGCCUGCAUAGGUUCAUGACUCCAAGUGGCACUGCCGAGCAAAUACUGAAUUUAGGAGCACUAGGGUACCGAGCCCCGGAACUGGCAAACGCGGCCAAGCCUGCACCUACGUUCAAGUCCGACGUGUAUGCAUUCGGGGUGAUUGUCAUGGAGAUGUUGACGCGGAAGAGUGCUGGAGACAUCAUCUCAGGCCAGUCCGGCGCGGUUGAUCUAACUGACUGGGUUCAGAUGUGCAACAGGGAAGGGCGGGGAACCGACUGCUUUGACCGAGACAUCACCGGCUUGGAAGAGUCCCCAAGGAUAAUGGACGAGCUGCUGGCGAUCUCGCUUAGGUGUAUCCUUCCUGUAAAUGAGAGGCCUAACAUAAAGACAGUCUGCGAUGACCUGUGUUCCAUAACAGCGUGA